AGCUCGUGAAGUCAGACUUUGGGACAGCCGGAAACUCAGCUCUUCAGUCAGCUCGCUGUCACUCGGCACCUCCAGUGGGAUGCUGGUCCCUCUGUUUGAUGACAACACUGGUCUCCUCAUGCUUGCUGGCCUUGGAGACACUGCAAUUGAUUGCUUUGAAGUCUGCACAUCUGAGCCUUUCCUAACUCAAGUGAGUCACUGUAUGACUGAUGCUUCAACACGAGGUAUUGCCAUGGUACCAAAACUGGCAUUGGAAGUCAUUUCCUGUGAAGUCACGCGUGUUCUUCAGCUGACAGACAGCUGCAUUGUGCCGAUCAGCUACCAAGUCCCUCGCAAGAAUUCAGGCCAUGAGUUCCAUGAUGACCUUUAUCCGGAUACGGUGGGCACCACUCCAGCCAUGUCUGCAGAGGAGUGGUGGCAGGGAGGGAACAAGCAGGUGGAAAAGGUUAGCCUCCACCCAGGCAAGCGACCCAAACCAGCAGCAAAACAACCACCUGGUAAAAAGGAGCUGCCCAGUGGAGGAAGUAAAGAGGAUCAGCCUCAAGGCUCCUCCACCUCCAGUAGUCCUCUAAGCACCCCCAGCAGCAGCGCUGCCCCGUCCCACUCUCCCUCCUCCACCUCUGGUCUCUCCUCAGGCUUCCUGCCCAGUCCAAGCCAGAGCGGAAAAGCAAUCCAAAACCUGAUGGGAACAACAUCCAAAUUCCGACACAUCCAGGGUGCAGUGAUGCACCGCGACAAGCACAUCACCAACAUCCGCAACCUCAACCUGACGACACCAGGCGAGUGUGACGGCUUCUGUGUAAACCGCCAACGUGUGGCUGUGCCACUCGCCAUCUCAGGAGGCCAGAUUGCUGUGUUUGAGCGGUCUGGGCCAGGGAGGCAGCCAGACACGGCUCUGCCCACCAUCCAAAACUCUGUAAACGUGGCUGACCUUUCUUGGGACCCCUUUGACGCACACAGACUGGCAGUGGCUGGAGAUGAUGCUAAAAUCAGAGUGUGGCAGGUACCUAAGGGCGGGCUGAAAGAGACCCUGACUGAGCCCAAGCUCGUCUUGCAAGGCCACACAGAGAAGAUCUACUCCAUCAAGUUUCACCCUCUAGCCAGUGGAGUCCUGGUGUCCUCAUCAUACGAUCUCACAGUCAGACUGUGGAACCUGGAGAGUGGUGAGCAGGUCAAGGUUCUCACUGGACAUCAGGACCAGGUGUUUGGAAUAGCAUGGAGCCCAGACGGCAAGCUGCUGGCGACUGUUUGCAAGGAUGGGAAAGUUCGCGUCUAUGACCCUCGCAACUCUACAGCACCUGUGCAAGAGGGACCGGGUCCAAAGGGCCACAGAGGAGCUCGUGUGGUCUGGGUGUGUGAUGGGAAGUACCUGCUGGUUUCAGGAUUUGACAAUCGCAGUGAAAGAGGACUUUAUCUGUUCUCCGCUGACUCCCUGUCCUCCGGGCCUAUAGCGAAUGCUGCUCUAAAUGUAGCUCCCUCCACACUUAUCCCUUUUUACGACCCUGACACCAGCGUUGUAAUUCUCACUGGAAAAGGUGACACCAGAGUUUACAUUUAUGAGGUGGUCCCAGAAGAUCCAUACUUUAUUGAAUGCAGCAGUUUUAACUCUCCUGAGCCUCACAAGGGACUGGCCUUUUUGCCUAAAACGGAGUGCAACGUGCGAGAUGUGGAUAUAGCUUUGGGACUGAUGCUCACCAAGACAACCAUUGAGCCGGUGGCCUUCAGAGUGCCCCGAGUUAAAAAAGAUUUCUUCCAGGACGAUGUGUACCCAGACACAGACGUGUGGUGGGAGCCUGCACUCACCGCCUCCGCCUGGCUUUCGGGCUCCAAUGGCCAGCACAAAAAACUCAGCCUGAAGCCCAAAGACAUGACGCCAGUGAGCGAGGCCCCCAAAGAGGCUCCGGUGAGGAAAUACCUGCCCUCGUCUGUUUACCUGGAGGAAAAAACGGAUGAACAGAAAAAGGAGGAGCUCCUGAGUGCCAUGGUGGCUAAGCUGGGGAAUAUGGAUGACCCGCUGCCACAGGAGUCCUAUGAGGGUGUGGAUGACGAGGAAUGGGCUAAAUACCUCGCUCAGAUCGUAGUGAUGGGUGUUCAGGUGGUGGGACGAGCAUUUGCCCGGGCUUUACGGCAGGAGUAUGCAGCGAGUCAGGCAGCUGCCCAAGCCAGGGGCCAAACUGGGCAGGAGUCAACUGCAGCAUCCAGCAUCUCUGGGAUGAGUCUGCAGGAGGCUCAACAAAUCCUCAAUAUCUCCACACUCAGUCCUGAAGAGAUUCAGAAGAACUAUGAGCACCUUUUCAAAGCCAAUGAAAAGUCAGUUGGAGGUUCAUUUUAUCUGCAGUCAAAAGUGGUGCGAGCUAAAGAGCGUCUGGACGAGGAGCUAAAUAUUCAUAAACAAGAACAAAACCAGCAGUCGCAGCAAAAUCCAGAAACAUAAAGAAAAAAAUGUACACCUCUUUUCUUCCCCCGAAUCCUCUGUAAAUUAUAACCCAAUAAAGCCUUUUCUUUA